CCGGGCGGCCGCUGAUCCUCUUCCUCCUGCCAACUCUGUCCGAGCUCAGCCGCCGAGGUUAGCCGCGUCCUUCGGUUCGUCAGUCUGUGGGCCGGCCGGGUCCGCGCGCCGGGCGGGCCGAGCCGGGUGUCCCGUCCCGCGCGGUCCGGGGAAGCGGCGAGGGGAGUUUCUCAGCGCAGCCCGAGCCCGGUUCCGCCGGCCGGCGCGCCGCCGCCCGCAUGGCCGCCAUCAAAGCGCUCCAGCAGUGGUGCCGGCAGCAGUGCGAGGGCUACCGGGACGUGAACAUCACCAACAUGACCACCUCGUUCCGGGACGGCCUGGCCUUCUGCGCCAUCCUGCAUCGCCACCGGCCCGACCUCAUAGACUUUGAUGCACUCAGGAAGGAAAACAUCUAUGAGAACAACAAGCUGGCCUUCCGCGUGGCUGAGGAGCAGCUGGGUAUCCCGGCUUUGUUGGACGCGGAGGACAUGGUGGCCCUCAAGGUGCCCGACCGGCUGAGCAUCCUGACCUACGCUUCCCAGUACUACAACUACUUCCAUGGCCGCUCCCCCAUUGGGGGCAUGGCCGGUGUGAAGAGGCCACCGUCAGACUCUGAGGAGGAACCGGCUGGGAAGAAGGCCCUGGCCCAGCUGCCCUCGCCUGGCCCACCCCGGAGCCUGCCACUGUCCCCAGCCAAGACCAACCCUGUUGUUCAGGGAAGGGCUGCGGGGGCACAGGGCCCUCCCCCAAAGGCUGGCCCAGCCCCCAUGGGCAGCUCGGUCAGCAGCAUCUGUGCGGCCUGCGGCAAGCAUGUGCACCUCGUGCAGCGACACCUGGUGGAUGGCAGGCUCUACCACCGGAACUGCUUCAGGUGUAAGGAGUGCUCCAAUACACUACACUCAGGGGCCUACCAGGCCACGGGGGAGCCGGGCAUCUUCGUCUGCAUUAGCCACCACCCCAAAGCUGCGUCUGCAAGCCUUACAUCACCAGGCCUGACCCCUAGACAGUUGGGGGCCACCCCCGUGAACUCCAGGCCCCUCAGCACCCCACAGAAGGCCCAGGAGAAGAAUGGGCCGCGAAAGGCCAGCCUAGAGGCCAAGCACCCAGCCAGGGAGCCUGUGGUGGGCGGCCCAGUGGCCAGAAGUUUUACUCUGUCGAUACCUGACCCUCCCACUGCUGCUGCCUCCUCUCAUGUCCACGGAGGGAGCCCUGCCAUGCCCAGGCUCCCUGCGGGCCCUGUAGCCUCCAGCCCCACGUUCAAGCCAAGCACACGGGUGACGAACAGCUCACCGAUCGGGUGGUCCUCGCUGGCACAGGGCACCAUGACAGCCAGGCCUCAGCCGGCAGGGCACCUGAGUACCCGGGACCCUCGUCCAGCUGUGCCACAGGUCCAGGUAGCUCCAGGAGGCACAGCUCCUCAGACCAAGCUCAGCUCAAGUCCAGCAUCUUCGGGCACCACAGACCCUCCAACCUGGACCCCCACAACCUCCAGGACCCAGCAGGCCCGGGAGAGAUUCUUCCAGGUCCCCAACAAUGGCCCAGCCAGCCGGAGGCCCACGAAGGCAGGCCCAGGAGGCCUGGAUCCAGUGGACACACCUCCGGCAGACAGUAGCCGGGAGCAAGCGCUGAGCUUCCUCAAGAAGGCCCUUCCGGUGCUUGCAGAGGCACCCGGCAGGCCGCCCCAAGCCUCCUCUCCUGUUCUGAAUUCCCAUCCCAAAGCUGAAGGGCCAAGGGCAAGUCAGUCAGCCAAGCUGUCACGGGCGACGCCUCCCCCAGCGCACUGCCCCACUGCAAGAAGUGAGGCCCCUUCGAGAGCUGAGCUGGGGGCACCCCCAAGCGUGGGCACUGCCUCCAGGGCCUCUUCAUCACCUGAGGCUGGAAGGAACAGCCCGGUGGUCAGCCUGGGGGGCAGCAGGCCCGUUGUAGGCUCCAGGGUGAAGCCGGAAGAGCCUCCGACUGCCAAGGGUCCCAGUGCCAGCCUCCAGGAGAGCCCGGAGGACAGCCCGGCAGGGUGGAGGGCCCGCCUGAAACCUGUGGAGAAGAAAAGCCCUGCUGAGAGGGUUCUGGAGCUGAAGGGGCCCCAGGCCCCGGGAGAGUCAGGGGCAGGGGAAGCCCCCAGGAAGGUGUCAGGGAACUCCAAGGGGGGUGUCCACAUCACGCUGACCCCAGCACGGCCUGACAGGACCCCUGGACCCAGCCUCCCAGCUCUCCCUCCCUCUGCGGCAGUUGCAUCCCCCUCCCCGUCUCGCCGCAGGAGGCUGGCUGUCCCUGCCAGCCUGGACGUGUCCGGGGACUGGCUGAAGCCUGAGCCUACUGGGCAGGAAUCCUUGGCCCCUGGCUGGAAGGAGGCAGAGGCCCACCCUUGGGACAAGCCAGGGAGACCCCCGGGCCUGGCCAGUGUCCCCACCCCGUCCUGCAAGCCCAAGGCCUCCCUUGUCAGGCCACACCCAGAUCGAGUGCCCCAGGAGGAGAUCCAGCGGCAGGUGCAGGACAUCGAGAGGCAGCUGGACGCCCUGGAGCUCAAGGGUGUGGAGCUGGAGCGGCGGCUGCGGGCGGCAGAGGGAGAUGCCUCGGAGGACAGCCUCAUGGUAGAGUGGUUCCUGCUCAUCCAUGAGAAGCAACUGCUGCUGAGGCUGGAAUCGGAGCUGAUGUACAAGUCCAAGGAUCAGCACCUGGAGGAGCAGCAGAUGGACCUGGAGGUAGAGCUGCGGCGGCUGAUGGACAAGCCCGAGGCCCUGAAGUCUCCCCGGGACCGACAGCGGGAGAAGGAGCUACUGAACCAGUACGUGAACACUGUGAAUGAUCGAAGUGACAUUGUCAACUGCCUGGAUGAGGACCGGCUCAGGGAGCAAGAGGAGGACCAGAUGCUACAGGACAUGAUCCAGAAGCUGGACCUCCAGAGAAAGAAGCCCAAGUUCCGCUUGUCCAAGUUCUGGAGGAGUAAAGGCAAGACCCCUGAGUGAGCUGCUGUUGGGGCAGCAGGGACCCUCACCAGGGGCCGGGCAGGCCUUGGGGCCCAGGAGAGGACAGCGGUAGGAUGGGGAUCCUGGAGAGGCCCUCCCUGUGGGAUCUGUCGGCCUCAAUAAAGAGACUAACCAUGCUUGCCUUGUGUCCGUUGCACUGGCGGCCCCAUGUGUCCCCGCAGCCCCACCCUGGGCCUGGAGGUCUCGGACUUGAGUUCUAGGUCCACCCCCAGAAUGGACAUGCUCUGUGGCCUCGGACCUGGCACUGACCUCCCUGAGUCUCUCCUGGCCACAAUGGAGUGAGCAUCUGGUGCUUCCCAGCCUGGCUGCACUCACGAGAGAUUGGAGGGGGGCACUGUGGCAAACUGAGGUGCAAACUGUGAGCCCCCAGGUGCUGGCCAUAGAGGCGCUACAUCCGUGGGUGCCUCCAGUUAAACAGCGACAGCAGGCUCACACCGAGGCUCCAAGACGGUGGCCGCUAUAGACGUGAGCACAGUGGGCCCUGGGGGAGGGCCAGUCUGCACCCCUACUGGACCUGAGGGUCUGAGGGUCUAGGCAGAGCUGGAAUCAGGGUUGCCAUUCCAGCUGACUCUCAACGGAGAGUGACGCUGUCAGCGGGAGAACUUGGGGAAGGGGCUUCUCCUUGGGGCUCAGAGGACCUGGGCUUCACCCAACUCUGCCUCCUACUCUGUGAUGGGGAGUCACUGUCCCUUCCAGCCUGUGUCAGUGUCCUGGUACCACAACAAAGUACCCCAAACUGGGGGGCUUACAACAGCAGGAAUUGUCUUGCAGUUCUGAAGGCUGGGAGUCCUAGACCAGGGUGUCGUCAGGGCUGUGCUCCCUUUGAAGGCUCUCAGGGAGUAUCCUUCCUGUCUAUUCCAGCUCCUGGUGGCUUGAAGCAUUUUUGGGCUUGUGGCCACAUCAUUCCAAUCUCUGCCUCCUUCUUCAUGUGGCCGCCUUCCCUCUGUCUGUCUCUGUGUCUCUUCUCCUCUUUUAUAGAACACCACUCAGAUGGGAUCAGGACCCACCCUACUCCAGUGUGACCUCAUGUUAACUGGUAACAUCUCCAAAGACCCUAUUUCCUAACAAGGUCACGUUUACCGGUACAGGGUUAGGACUUCAACACGUCUUUUGGGGGAGCGCAAUUCAACCCAUAUCCAGGGUCUCGGUGCACCUGCAGCGUGAGCAAUGAGCCAGCUCUGCCUGACCUCGAAGCUCCUCCCAGCGGUGAGGCUGCUGGACCCCAGGACCCCAGCAUCAGGCUGGAACCUGCCCACUCGAUGAACCAGGUGGAGAGGUCCAUGUGUGAGAGUAGUCUUCCCCUCCCCGAACCUCUGUUUUCUGUGAGACGGGGUAGACCCUUGCUUUGGACGGAAAGCAGACAACAGCCUGCAGUGGGCUUGGUGUCGUAGGGGGGCCUAGUCUAGGGGGCGGCUCAAGGGAUCCCAGCCUGGGCUGUGGGUGGGGAGUCACCAGGCUGGCAGUGGUGGGGCUGGGCAGAGGGAUCUGGGAAGUGGCUUAGAAGCUCGAAGGUGCCAGUGUGUGGGGGGCUGGAGGCUGGGAGGGAAAUGGGGCUCCUCAAGUGAUCAACAGGGCCUGGAUGGAGGGACUCGGGGUGCCAUGUGGGUUCUGAGCAGAGGCCCUUCUGUCAGACUUGAGUGUUGAGAAGACACCACCGUGGCAAGUGGUGUGGAGGGCUGCUUGGGCUGGGACCACCUGACAUGUCCAGCUGAGCCUGUUGGUCCCACCCCUCCCAUGUCUGAGCCCCCCAUUCUGUCCUCCCAGGCAGAUCCCACCAGGGACCCGGGCUUCAGACUACAGCAAUGUGGCUUCUUGGCCACCAGGGGGAGGCAGAGUGCUACUUAGCACAGAUGGGCCCUGGAGUGCUCCAAAGCAGCUCCAUUUUACAGAUUGAGAAACUGAGGCUCAGAGAGGGCACAUGGCUUCCUGAGAACACGCAUAAAAUUAGAAUCUGGGAUCCUGGGCCUCCAGGAUUGGGGGUGGGGGGUGUCCCAAGAGCUCCUUUUGGGGGGAAGGGUGAGCUGGGAGUGUAAUGGGUCUUAGAAGGGGUAGGAAGAAUCCAGGACCCGUGGGUUAUCUGGCAAGUUAGGAUUGUCGGCUCCACCGUGCUGGGACCUACUUGCUCAGUGAUACCUUGGGAGCGUGAGGGGCUGGGGCACUUAUGCCCCCUCCCCAUUCUCCCAGGCCACUUCCUGGGGACUCCAGAGGGCAGUGCCCCCCUACCCCCACCCCCAGGGAUGACGAUGUGGCCCAGCAUGGGGCCUUGAGGGCUUGGAGCUGUGCCACGGGACCACCCCUCACUUUGCAGGCCUCUGUCUCCUCACCUGUAAAAGGGGGAGAGUCACAGAGACAGACCCCAUUUGGUGCCGGCCUGGUCCGGUACUUUGGUGAGCUGCCUUGCCCCCAUCCCUACUCUGGGGCUGUAGGGACCGAAUUAGAUCUGUGGGCACAGAACCCAUCCUCCUCCCCCAUACCCCAAGCCAGCAGCGAAAAGACGGGAGGGGACAGGGAGCAGAGUGAAGGCCCUAAGGGCGUUUCUGGGGCAUCUCCAAGCAGGUGGGAGGGGUUUCCCCACCAUCCCCAGCCCAGAGGAGUGGCCAUUACCAUGUCAUGUGGCAAGGAUGCCCAGUUGGGUCUGGGGACUCUGUCUUCCAACCUGCUGUCACCCCACACACCAGGCUUUUUGCAGGCUGUGGGGUCCCACCCCUGGGGUUGGAGGGGAGGCUCUGGGCCUGGGGGUCAUAGAGAGGAGCUCACUCGGGAAGCCCCAUCAGGGAUUGCCCUGGGGUUCUUCCCACACCCCUAGAAUAGGAAAUCAGCUGCCUCCGGAGGUGUAAACAGUUGGGGCACAGGCGGGGCCCUGACAACUUAAUUUGGGCACCCCCGGCCCCAACUCCUCUCACCCCAGCAGUUGCAUCACUCAGCCCAGCCCUCCUCUCUCAGUGCUGGGGUCCUGGGUAGGAGACCAGGGGUGUGUGCAGAUAAGGGGGGGUCUCAGUCCAGGAUAGGAGAGGCUGGCUGGGUCCUUCCCAGUGCCCCCAUCCCCCAGCUAAAUCCCCUCCCAUAUCACAGGAGGUAGUGAGGCCCAGAGAGGGGAAGGGGCUUCCGGCCACCCAUCCUGAUGGGGCAGGGGGCAUCUAUGAGGUAGGGAGGUGGGGGCGGCCGCCUCAGAGGCCCCCAUGUGCCACGCAAGCCCUUUUCAGAAACUGGGGAGUUGCAAGCACGCCUCUGUUUCUUUGACAGGAGGGCAAACUGAGUCUGGGAGCAGGACCCCAAGUCUGGAGUAGGCAGGGCCUGGAUUUAGAUACAAGGGCAGGAGCCUGGCACCCUCGCCAAGGUGGCCUCUCCUUGGGAGGCUCUGCAGCCCCUGUCCCAUUGAGGGGCCCACCAAGAGGAACCCCGCUUGGGCUGGGCCGGGGUGGAGCCCACGCUCACCCACAGUGGAAAUCUGAGGAGACAUCUGUCUGUGUACCCGGCCCUCUCCUGCCCCGCUGCACUGGCUUCCAGGGAAGGAAGGUUUCUUCCGGAUCUCCACAGAAGCCUCCUAGGGCUGGACCCAGCCUGGUCUCCCUGUCCACUCCAAGGUCCCCUUUGAGUUUCAUACCACCCCAGGGGCCGACAUGAUCCCAUUUUAUAGGGGGUCAGUGGGGAAGGUGCCGAGAAGGCUUGUGGGGUCCUGAGGCCAGUCUGCUCAUUCCCCAUAGCUGUUGGGGGGCCUCACGAAAGCCCAGACCGCAGAGGGGCUGGGGGCAGAGGCUGGACCCCAGUGGUGCGGGGUCUGAGCAAGCGAUGAAGGCCGCUGGCCCAAGCCUCUUCCCUUUCCUCCUGCCUCCUGUCUGCCUGCCCUGGGGGGUCUUGCCCCCCAUGUAGGGGCAUCCCAGCCUACUCCUUUGAGCACGAGGGGCAAGGGGCAUGCACACCAGGAGCAGAGGGGGCUUGUGAAGAUCCUGGAGGGGUUUCCAGCUGUGUGGUCAGAGCGUUCUGGAACCCCGGGUAUAGCACAAACGGGGUGGUCACGUUCCCCAGUCCUGCACAGCCAGAGGAGGCCCUAGCACUCUGCCUUCUGCAGGCUGGGAACUAUCUCUCCCUGCAGCUGCUUUGGCUCCCGCUCACCCCACAAGUCUGAAGCUCUGUCCGAGGCCCCUGCUUGGCAGCCCUGCUCUAUGCCUCCCUCCCCUGCCUCCCUGGGAACUCCUGAGGCCUUUCCACAGAGCCUCCCAGAGGAGGCCUUGACCAGAUGGCCGUGGCAGACCCUGAGGGCUAGUCCACCUCCGUGCCUCCCCUUGGGCUGGCCAGCACUGCUGAGUCCCUCUGUUCCCGUGUCCCAGGCUGGAGCUUUGGAUUCUGCACUAACGAGCUCUCCCAGGUGGGCCGGAAACACUGAUGAAGAUAGACCGAGUGAAUGCCAGCCCAUUAAAUUGUUAAUAAAGAAUAUGACACACACACCUUCAUCUGUAGCCGGCCUGACACUUUAUAAAGUACAUUAAGGUGUAAUCCAAUUGAAA